AAUUUCAAAAUGUUUUACCCCAGGUACAAUAUUUAUUUUAAGUAUAAAAUAUUGAACGGCUUUAGCAGUAAUGUAUGGAACAAAAUUUGACGAAUGAAACAUACAAACAGCAAUAAAAAAAAUAACGUAUAAUAAUAAAAAGUGAAUGUUUUUGGUGACUAGUAGUUUUUCAAUUUUUUAACUUAAUUAAGAAGUCGACAGACAUCUGAUGAGAACUGUACUACAAUACAGCUGCUAUGGAUUUACUUAUAAUGGAAGGUAUAAUAAAUGCAGCACAGAAGAGGCAUAAUAAAUUGUUAUCGGAUGCUAUUGGAAAUUAUUUGGAUGACAUAGCAACGUCUAUCGAGAAGCAGAAGAAGCUAGAUGAAUUAUUUGACAGUCAUGAUAAGAUUGAUGAAACCUUGUGGAUUUUUCAACUUAUAAAAGAUGAAUUGCGAAGCAAUAAUGUUGAUAAAUCAUCGUGUUUAGUUAAAAUUUUAUUUAAAAACUUAAAUAGCUCGCAUAAAUUUUGGAUAAAAAUAUUCAAAAUAACAAAUUCGGAAUGCAGUUGCAGCUAUUUCGGCGAUUUAUUGAAUAUUAGAAUUGUAAGACAAACCACAUUCAACAUUGUAAUAAUGUAUUUUAAAUCAUUGGCAUAUGAUGGACAUUAUUUUAUCAGUGAAGAUCUCAUUGAGGAUAAGUCAAAAGUGAAAUUUUUGAAAAGCAUUGAUUUUUCUCAAAUGAUUGGAUUUUUAUAUUUUCUAAUGAACUAUAAGGAUGAUAUUAGCCUUUUAAUCUCCAAAUGUAUGACUGAGUUUGAUCCUGCUUUUGUUCGAUAUCUUUUUAAAUCCUUUAAAGUUUUAAGCUUGUAA